GUCAUUGAAGGGCAGAUCUUGGUGAUGUGACAUUUUUGCUGCUUUGUGUCUGUGUUCAGGGGUUACUGAACUAACUAACUCCAAGCUGGUGUGUACAGUGUCUGAGCAGCUACCAGCCCAAAAGCUGGAGUCACCAUGGCGGCAGGAGUCGCAGCCUGGCUGCCUUUUGCCCGGGCUGCAGCCAUUGGAUGGAUGCCAGUGGCUAACUGUCCCAUGCCCCUAGCUCCAGCUGACAAGAACAAGCGGCAAGAUGAGCUGAUCGUCCUCAACGUGAGUGGGCGACGGUUCCAGACCUGGAGGACCACUCUGGAGCGCUAUCCUGACACCCUGCUGGGUAGCACAGAAAAGGAGUUCUUCUUCAACGAGGAUACCAAGGAGUACUUCUUUGACCGUGACCCGGAAGUGUUCCGUUGUGUGCUCAACUUCUACCGCACUGGGAAGCUGCACUACCCACGUUAUGAAUGCAUCUCUGCUUAUGACGAUGAGCUGGCCUUCUAUGGCAUCCUCCCUGAGAUCAUCGGAGACUGCUGCUAUGAGGAAUACAAGGACCGCAAGCGGGAGAAUGCAGAGCGGCUCAUGGAUGACAAUGACUCUGAGAACAACCAAGAGUCCAUGCCCUCGCUCAGCUUCCGCCAGACAAUGUGGCGGGCCUUCGAGAACCCACACACCAGCACCCUGGCACUGGUCUUCUACUAUGUGACUGGCUUCUUCAUUGCCGUUUCAGUCAUCACCAAUGUAGUGGAGACGGUGCCCUGCGGCACAGUGCCUGGGAGCAAGGAGCUGCCUUGUGGAGAGCGCUACUCAGUGGCUUUCUUUUGCCUGGACACCGCUUGUGUCAUGAUCUUCACAGUGGAAUACCUGCUCCGACUCUUCGCGGCACCCAGCAGAUACCGCUUCAUCCGCAGUGUGAUGAGCAUUAUCGAUGUUGUGGCCAUCAUGCCCUAUUACAUUGGCCUGGUCAUGACCAACAAUGAGGACGUGUCCGGGGCAUUUGUCACACUCCGGGUCUUCCGCGUCUUCAGGAUCUUCAAGUUUUCACGACAUUCCCAGGGCCUACGGAUCCUGGGCUACACCCUGAAGAGCUGUGCCUCAGAACUGGGCUUUCUUCUCUUCUCCCUUACCAUGGCCAUCAUCAUCUUUGCCACUGUGAUGUUUUAUGCUGAGAAGGGUUCCUCUGCCAGCAAGUUCACAAGCAUCCCUGCGUCUUUCUGGUACACCAUAGUCACCAUGACAACACUGGGAUAUGGAGACAUGGUGCCUAAGACAAUCGCAGGGAAGAUAUUUGGUUCCAUCUGCUCCCUGAGUGGUGUCCUGGUCAUCGCUCUGCCAGUCCCCGUGAUAGUCUCCAACUUUAGCAGGAUCUACCACCAGAACCAGCGAGCAGAUAAACGCAGGGCACAAAAGAAGGCCCGCCUUGCCAGGAUCCGUGUGGCCAAAACAGGAAGCUCCAAUGCCUACCUGCACAGCAAGCGCAAUGGGCUCCUCAAUGAAGCCCUGGAGCUGACGGGCACCCCAGAAGAGGAGCACAUGGGCAAGACCACCUCACUCAUUGAGAGCCAGCACCACCACCUGCUACACUGCUUAGAAAAGACCACUGGGUUAUCCUAUCUUGUGGAUGAUCCCCUGUUAUCUGUACGAACCUCCACCAUCAAGAACCACGAGUUUAUUGAUGAGCAGAUGUUUGAGCAGAACUGCAUGGAGAGCUCAAUGCAGAACUACCCCUCUACCAGAAGUCCUUCUCUGUCCAGCCACUCGGGUCUCACCACCACCUGCUGCUCCCGCCGUAGCAAGAAGAGCACACACCUGCCCAACUCUAACCUGCCAGCCACCCGCCUGCGCAGCAUGCAAGAGCUGAGCACCAUCCACAUCCAGGGCAGUGAGCAGCCCUCCCUCACCACCAGUCGCUCCAGCCUUAAUUUGAAAGCAGACGACGGACUGAGACCCAACUGCAAAACAUCCCAGAUUACCACAGCCAUCAUCAGCAUCCCCACCCCCCCAGCUCUAACCCCAGAGGGUGAAAGUCGGCCACCCCCUGCCAGCCCAGGCCCCAACACGAACAUUCCUUCCAUAACCAGCAAUGUUGUCAAGGUCUCUGCCUUGUAAAAACACUGGACAGAGGGCCUGAGGGGGUAGUGGGGAGUAAAGGGGGCUGGCAUGUUGGUGGGUGGCCACUGGGACCACUCCCUCCCACUAUUUCUGGCCGCCCCGUUGCACCCCUAGCACUGAGACUUGUGGCUGGAAGGGAAAGGAAGCAGCAAAGGGUAUCCAAGGAUGCUGCUGCUGGUGUGGACACAGCCCUGUGACACUGCAUCUUACUGGGGCCAGAGGAAGGGAGGGGGUGGGUAGGGGAUUGGCCAUUAGGGGGUGCAGGCUGCUUGCCUGGACAGGGCCUGGUAGGGGUAUCUCAGACCAAACAACAGUUGUUUCUGGAGACCCCAGUGAGGAAAACACAAGACCAAGAGCAGCCCAGAGGCCGAGUCGUCACAUGCAAACAGGAAGAAAAUAUAACACUGUGUAUUUAAGCACCUUUUUCAAGGAUCUUAAUGGAUAAUAUUUAUUCAUGGGAAAAGGUGGAAAACAAAAACCAUCAAUGGAUUUUUGUGAAAUGUUUUUCUCCAUGGACCCAACACCUUUAAACCAAAACAAAGUGUUUUGUGAGGUUGGUUUUUACUUUUCUUCUUUUAUAGCAAAAGCUUUUAGGCUCAAAGUCAGUUACUGCUGAGUUCUCUCCCCAUUCCCUGGAUGAGUGAGGUCACCUUAGCCGGGCCCUCACUGCCCAGCUAACCUGAACAGAACUGUCAGGCAAGCACACAGCAAACCUUCUACUCCGUUGGUCCGUCUCCUUUGUCUCUGUACCUAUCUGCUUCACCUUGGCUGUUUCUGUGUCCAACCAUCUGUCUCACCAUGACAGUAAAUCCUCUGUCACUGCCAAGUACUGCAGAUUUGUGCCUGGAGCCAGGCCGAGUGAAUGCAAAUACAGAAAAGAAGGGAAGCCUAGUGGGCUGAGUUUAAGGGUGAGGUAAGUCUCUAUUAUAAACAGAGGUGCUUCCCAUUUGAUUGGAACCACUUCUCUUUGCAGUUUGGGUGGGGUUGGUGGUCACAUUUACCACACUGGGUCCUCGAAAAUGGAAUCAGCAACCUCAGAAAGCAGCUGUUUCUGCUAUGUCCCAGUGAAGACAGAAGCACCAGGAAGCUGCCACAGCUCUGGAGCACCUUGCUAUGUACCCUCCUGUAGAAUCCACUGUGAAGCCCAUGCUCCAUGAGCAUCUUCAAGCGAGGAGGAUGGGAGGAAAGCCUGCCUUACCACCCAAGGCAGUUCCUACACAGAAGCUGUAAAGGUUAAGCCUGUGUGCCUCAUGAAGGAUGUUACAGAGUAACAAAGCAAGCAAGAGGCUCUAGACGAUUAUUGCCUGGUCUGGAAGAUGCCUUGAGGUCUGAAUCAUCUUCAGCCCUCAUCUCUGAAGAUAGCUGAUGUGUGGGACCACUGAUGACCUCCACACAAAUGAGGGAGUGGAGAUUACUUCUUGAAAAUGUAGAUAUGUUUGUUCAAGUUAUUUACACAGUAGUGGGCCUGGGAACAGUGUUUCUGGAAUCUUCCUAAUCAUUUUCGCCACUUAACAGCAGAGCAAGUGAGCCUCAGGGUUAGUGACAAGAGCCCUUUCCUGCCCUCCUCACCCCCUAAAUACUGGACUGCAGUCUCUGAAGUCUGGGAUCUGAGGCACAUGAGCCGCUUAAGAAUUUGUAUCCAUUCUACAGCUCAGUUUAAAAUAAACAAGCUGUUAAUUUGCAUGUCAAUAUCCCUCUGCCCACUACAACCAUCUAGGUGAGUUUUAACUAGCCAGCGACCUGAAAGCGCUCAUGGGGUUUCCUGGUUCCAGCUCCAGUGACCCUGUAGGCAGAGGAGCCCAGGUGUUUUGAGGUGGUACCAAACCAGCAAGUGAAUAGAAGGAUGGAAGAAAGGGGCCUUCCUUCCAUGUUUGUUUCCCUGUCUUCAUCCUCAGUGGCCCCUGACAGUCCUUUCUUCUAGAUCUGGCCUCAGGAUUUUCCCUUAUCAUAGGAAUGGAAUGGUUCUUCCAAUCUAGUAACUUCAAACAUAUAUUUGAUCAGCCAAGGCAUAGAGCCAAGCUAGACCCAAUUUAGCUGGUAGGCCAAGAAGUAGAAAAGGAUCUUUCUUUUGAAAGAAUGGAUCAUGAAACAAAGGAAUAUCUAGGUGCAUGAUGAAUCCUAAGAACUGAGUGGGAUACAGAUGGAGUUUAAAAGGAACACUUGAAUUCUCAUACAAACCACCAUUCUAUUUCAGAACAAGUCAUUAGAGAGUUAGAAUGACUGCUUCAACCAAGGAUUUCCACGUCACUUGGACAGUGCACCAACACAGCAUAUUAUGGUUCUCAUGAAAAGAAAUAUACUUUAAAAGCUGCCUCCCCCAUAAAUUUCAUUUUUAUUGACUUCAGUGAACUGAAUGCUUGUGUUGUUUCUAUUUUAUUCCCAAAGUCCAUAUCAUGCCAGUUCCUAAUCAUUAGACUGUCUGCAUUUUCAUGUCCCCAUUUUAGUCUUGGUAAGAGAUAAGGAUCCCAACUCACCAGUGCUCAAAGAUACCAACCCAAGAAAACAGCUCACAGCCAUAUCUGCUAAAGGGUAUUCAUAGGGAAGCACAGAACAAACGCUGGAUCACCUUAGUAAACCUGAUUCAUCAGCUAGGGAGUGAACAACCAGGAUGUCAGAUUCUUCUGGAGACCAAUAGCUCUCUGGUGCAAUGACUCAUGGUGCACACACCAUGUUAGGGGAUCAGUAAGUUCCCCACUCCACCACUCCAUUCAACCUUACUCAACACUGGGGAGAAUGUACCAAAAGGGCAAAAAAAUAAGACUAAGACUACACCCAAAUAAUAAAUGGAAAUAACUUGGAAACUAUAUUGAGUGUACCAGAGAAGAUUAAAGACUAUCUAAUUCAUUUUACGGUGUAGAAAGCUGGUGGGGGCAGAGAACUUGACUCCGUCAAGGCAAUGCAGUCGUUUAAGGACAGAAUAGGGACCAGAGCACAAGACUCUUGGCUACUAGUCUAAUGUGGUUUUGGUAUUUUUGGUUUUGGUUUGAUCUUGUUUUGGGGCUUUUCAUCACACCUUUUGCCUCACAGAGUUACUAUGUUGGAGAAGAAACAUCAAAGACGCCAUGUCAUAAGGAGACACUCGUGUGUAAAUGUCAACGUAACUUGAUAUAGCUCUUGGAAAUCAUUUGACUGUACUAAUUCAAAUUACAAACUUUGAAGCCACCGUUUCUUGUGCAGAGCCAGCUGUGGGUGAUCAAUUCUGUUAGAAAUAGACAGGGGAAUAAACAAGGGAAUGCCCAAGAUUUUUCAGGCAAAUGUUUGACUUUCUCAGUGAGGAGGAGGCUUGGACAAUGACAUUUCAAAACAUACUAUGGCUUCUCACUACCAUCUGUUAAGGUAGUCACCUUAGUAAAUUUUUGACUCAGAAGAAAUGGGCACAAAGAAGCUGGAUGCCUCACUCACUCAAGGUUUCAUGGCAAGUGAAUGGAAGAAUUAUGAUUUGAUCCAGGACUUAGCAUGUCCUGGAAGUGUCUUCUAUAUCCUGCUCCAUGGCGUGAAGGCUUGCUCAUAUUUUUAAAGCUGGAUUUCCAAGAGUGUUGAUUAGCGGAAGGAAGCACUCCUGCAGUAGAACCUCCUGAAACAGACCAUUAUUUCUUCCUCAUUCCCAUUUCUCCUAACUAGUCUCAAGCUCAGGACUAACUGUACAGAACCUCUUUCGAAAGACCAGUAGGUAGCCUCAACAGUUGAACAUUAUUAGUUUAUGACCACAUAAUUUGAACAGAUGUUAAGGAAGUGGUAAAUAAUGAUCUGUGGUUGACACAAGUCACAUGCAGGGCUGCUGAGGAUUUGAUAAAGUUGUUUUGAUUUCUCUGCAGUUCAGGAUCAUGUCAUUUUCAGGUAGGGAAAGUACCUGGGAGCAUUAUAUACCUAGAUCAUUAUCCUUGUUUUAAAAAUAGCAGUAGUGACUGAAAUUGAGCUAGCAUUAGAUUUGAAAUUGUUAAUGGAUUCUAGUGAUUCAGGCUCCCUCACUUCAAUUACUAGGUAACUAAGUAAGGCAGAAGGAUCCCAAUACUUUUCAUUUGAAGUCAUACUUUCCCUUUCAUGCUAGUUAGCAUGGUAACCACCAUAAGAGGAACAGGAGAAACUUUUAUUUUUCCUCUGAUUUCCUAAUGAAUUCUCAUUACUUGCAAAGCUUUAAAAUGAUAGGAUAAAGGAAAAACAUUGUCACGACCCAUGGCACUUGGAGCCCAAACAGCAUCAUGAAAAGCAUUAGAACCAAGGGAAAGUGGCUUUGAAAAACGAAAUGGUUUUUUAAAGGGGUUCCUUAUGGGUCUUGUUUUUUAUUCAGGAUAUUCUACGUUUUCUCAUCAAAUGUUGGAAUGACAUCUAUCUUAACAGGUUAUUUAAACUAUCUGGCUGAUGACAUGUUAGCCAGUGCAGGGCACAGACCCCAAGUCCUAGGGGACUCCUUGGACCAAUGGACUAUUUUACAAACCAGGGAGGUGGGAGGGAUGGUAUAUUUUUGAUAACCAGACAUUCCAAUGUUUUCCUUAGAGGUCAUGCACUCCCAUUAAUGUUUUUGUGGAAAACAUCAAGUGUGUUCUUUUCUAUUUUCGUAUAAUUUAUUGGGCUUUGCUUACCAACAUCACAAUGGCAAAGAAAUACACUGUAUAAAACUGCAGGAAGACAAAUGUGAAAACUUUCUGUGGGGAAAAAAAACUCUUAAGUUUCUUGUCUUCUUUUUAAAACUGUAGUGCAAAUGUUAUAACAUGUAUAUCAUUUACAGUAUUGAGUCCUGUGCCACUGCUGUACCUGAUGUAUCCAAUCUGGAUUAAACAAACUAUGUGCCACAA